CUGAGUAUUUACAUAUGUAAGUGCGGCAAUUGAAAAAGUUGUUUUCUCGUGCUUCCGGUUGGUUUGUUUUUCUGGUUCAUAUUCACCUGAUCCAGUUGAAUUAAAAAGUCCUGAAUGAAACCAAAUGUAUACUCAUUCUUUAUUAUGUAUACUGAUUACUGCUUCCUAUGUUACCGCUCAAAGACAAGAAGGCUACAAACUUGAUCCCCUAACGUCAUAUGUAAUCCUUGCACCUAAUCGUAUCAGAGCCAAUGAACUCGUACAGAUCAGUGUAUCCAUAUUCGAAUUAUUAUAUGAACAGCUAACAAUCCGACUGGCUAUCAAAGUUAAUUCCACUGAAAUUGUUUCCAGUCGAGAAGUAUUUAAAUCAACUGGCACAAGAAUUAUGCAGCUGAAGGUGCCUAAUUAUGCUCGCACAGGAACGUAUUGGCUGCAUGUUGAAGGUUCUAUUGUAGCUAAUGCUUCUAUUUUAUUUUCAAAUCUAACCAAAUUGGCAUUUUCUGAACAGUCGGAGUCUAUUUUUAUACAUGUUAGUAAACCGAUCUAUCAUCAAAGUCAGAUUGUUAGGUUUCGUGUAAUUCCAAUGCUACCAGACUUAACUCCAGCCUACGGUUCCUUGGUUAGUAUUGAAGUACUUGAUGCAUCUGGCAAUGUAUUUAAACGAUGGUUGAAUCCGAUGACAAAUAUUGGAGGUAUAAUUGAAUUAGAUUUCCCACUAUCAGAUCAAGUGCAUGAAGGCGUCUGGUUGAUACGCGCAAAUCAUGAAAGAUUUUCGGCAGAAAAAACAUUUAGAGUGAAGGAAUAUUGGCGACCGUUAUGGGAUGUGAAUGUGACUCUUCCCCUGAGGUUAACAGAUAAUGAAUUGGGCGUAUAUGGUUUGAUUUCUGCUAAUUACACAAGUGGGAAAGCUGUCAAAGGAAAUGCUACUGUUUUAAUACAGCUCAGGAAGCCAGGGGCAGAUCGGUGGACCAACCCACCACUGGCUGAAUUCAGGCGUUAUUUAUUGGCACUUGAUGGAAUCGGAGAUUUCCUUUUACCAAUGUCUGAAAUCCGUCAAGCGGUUAGCAGCUCUGGAGCUGACCCUUCGUUGGCCAACACUGAGAUUUGGGUUAAUGUAACCUACUACAACUGGUGGGAGAAAACACAUCGAACGGGUUGGGCAUUUACAAAAGUAUAUUCUUCUAAUCCACUGAUAAAAUUUCUCGGUGGUACAGUUCGACCUUUUAAACCUAAUAUGUAUUUUACUGUUUAUUUGGUUGUGUAUAUGGCUGAUGGUAGCAUGGUCAAGUACAAUGGAAAUCGUAAAGUCACUUUGUCAUUCUACUGCCUUGAUAAUACUUUCGAGAACCAAAUCACUUUGCCCGUUGCAGAUGAUGGCGUUAUACGUUAUACAUACAGACCAUCUGGAGAAGGAUGUAUCACUUACAGACUAGAGGCUCGAUAUAUUGACGAAACAGAUAGGAUCCUAUCAAAUGAUCAACAGCGUAUAUUUGCUGUCAACUCUUAUUCUGGUGCUUAUUUGCAACUGUCAACUUCAACAUUGUCGCCUAAGGUCAAUGAAUACAUGGUGAUAAACGUGCAAACAAAUUACCCAACAGAUAAAAUACACUAUGUAGUUGUUUCCAAUGGAAAUAUCUUAGCGACUGACCAGUUGCGUAUGCCAAGUUCCGUGACGUCACGUACUUUUUCAAUAGCUGUAUCCCGUUCAAUGUUUCCAGUUUCACACAUAGUUGCCUAUUUCAUUAGGGAUAAUAGUGAAAUAGUAUCGGAUUCAUUGACAUUCUAUACAAACUAUACAAAUUUAAAUGAUGUACAAAUGCAAGUCAACCGUGGGAAAGAUUUGAACCAGGAUACAUUGGAAAUUAGAGGCCAUGCUAAGCCUGGUGCAUACAUUGCAUUCAGUGUGAUGCAUGCUGAUCUAUACGCUAUUGGUGGGGCUUCAUUUUUACGUGAAUAUGAUAUUGUUGAUGAGUUAAUGACGUAUGAACAGCACAGUCAAUCGCCGUUAGUACAUACAUGGUACCAGGAUUUUAGAGAUAUUAAACGUAUCUAUCUACCGACAUCAAGCAAUGGAGCCGAUACUAACAGUACAAUGAAUUCCUCUGGUUUAAUAAUGUUCACUGAUGCUAAUUUCACUAAAGCGAAUUUUUAUCAUACGUGUAAUGAGACUGAGAAUCCUGCACGCGCCUUACCAUGCUAUUCUCUGACUGGCAGAGAUUGUUAUUCGCGGAGUGAAAAAUGUGAUGGAAUUAAUCAGUGUGCCACAUGGGUUGAUGAGAUGGAUUGUCCAGAAAAUGAGACCAAAAAUCCACAACCAUUACGUUUAAUAGAUACAUUCGAUAUACUAUAUCGACAAUGGAAUGAUGGUGCGUGGUUAUGGCAUAGUACGUUUGUGAAAGCCAAUGGUCAAAUACAAUUUCGUGUUGAUCUUCCUAAAAUGAACGCUGACUGGGUAGCUGGAGCAUUUUCUGUCGACAGUGAGCUAGGCCUAGCUUUAAUGCAGCAGCCUUAUCUAUUUUCUGGUACAAGGAGGUUUUAUAUGACUGUUGAAUUACCCGAAGAAGCUGUAUGGGGUGAACAGAUUGGUGUUCGUGCUUGUUUAUUUAACAACUGGAACUACUGGAUUGAGGCUUUAGUUGAAGUGAAAGCGAGUCCUGAUAUUCGUUUUGUACAUGUCGGUUUAGAAGGACGUGUAUCUGCUUAUGCACCUGAAGUAUCUGUCAAUAAAUCUGUUCAGUCAUUGGCCUAUUUGGAAGCUGGUACUUCGCGUUACAUAUAUAUGCCCAUAUUACCAAAACUUCCUGGGAACACGUCAUUUACAAUAUGCGCUUACAGUUUUAUUGGCUCUAAUUGUGAAACACACACAAUACUUGUUCGUAUGAAUGGUGUAACAAAUUAUUUUCAUACUGCAAGUUUCCUAGACUUGACAAGUUCAAGUACAUUAUUUGUAAAUAAUUUCAAGGUUAUUGUUCCACAAAAAUUCACAAUUCCUGAAAGACGUUUACAUCGUUUUGUGCCUGGAUCACAGAAGGCUAUUCUUAGUGUGGUCGGUGAUUUUAUUGGUCCUGCAUUAAGUAAAGAAUUUCGUUAUGCAGAUACACGUAACAUUCUACGCCUAACCUAUGCAUCUGCAGAAAAUGUCUUCUUCGAAUUGGGUUACAAUAUGAAUUUAUUACUCUACCUACAUGGUGCUGGACAUUUACCUUAUUCAGUUCUAGAAAAUGGAUUACUUUACUGUUCUGUUGUACUACAACGCGGGUUCUCAUAUUUCAAUCGGCAGAUCGGUGCUUUUGCUAAUUUUAGAGAUCGUUUAGAUGAAACGGAUCCAUUAGUUACUGCAAUAGCCCUAUGGAGUUUAUUGUUGACAAGACAAACUCAGUGGAAUCGUCUCAUUUACGUGGAUGAUGAUACUUUUGUUCGAAUCAUCAAUUACUUAAAAAUAACCCAACAGUUUAGUUCGUAUAAUGGUGAUGUCGCCGGUAGGACGGUUGUCGAUGUUCGGCUAUCUGGUAGUUGGAAUAUAACAAAUGUUGUUGACAGACGAUUUUCUCCAAGAAUCGAUAAAAACAAAUGGCCCGACCCAAUCGAUCAAGAAUGUCACCGUCGUGUACCAUCAGCAGCUAUGGUUAUAAUUGCAUUACGUUCCACUGAACGUACUCUACCCAGUGGUGUUGGCGCAGAUAAAGCUGAAGGCAUCAUUUCAGAGGCUGUUAGAUUUCUUAGUCGACAUAUUCUAAAUGUAGAUGACUUGUUCUCACAAGUGAUUGGCACAUAUGCCUUGCAAGUGGCCGUCGAUGCAACAUCUCAGCAUAAAAUACCACAAGCCUUGAAACGUAUUGAUGCUUUUCGCCAAAAAGGCGAUUAUGUAUACUAUGCUAAUUAUAGAAUACCACCACCUAAAUGGGAAUUAGAUCAGGCUGGUAGACGAAUUGAAAAUCCACGAUUGGAAAUGCCAAAUGAUGGUUAUGGUGUUCUAUGCUCAAGCAUCUAUUUCUUGCUAAAACAUGAAUUAGGUGAAUGGUCAUUUCGUUCGUCAGAAGCAUUAGAUAUGGUCCAUUGGUUAGCCAGUGAACGAAAUCAUGUCGCUGGAUUCGCUAGUACAUUUGAUUCAUUGUUUGCGAUGCAUGCAUUAAGGAAGUUUGCUUUAGCUGAUACGAAUCGUGCUCUAUACCGAGUGGCUGUAGAUGAGAAAAUAUCCUCCAUGAAUACUUGGGCGAAUCGUAUCUACAUAGAUACGCACAACUAUUCAACUGUAACGCAUACAACGUUUCCACCAGAAGACGUUUGGGGUGAUAUUACAAUGAAACUUGAAGGUACUGGCCGAAUAUUACUUCAGUUGGAUGUAGAAGUGAAUGUAGAAUAUAAAGAAAUGCAAAAGAUGCCAAGGAAUCCGUUAGACACAGAACAAGUUAUGCGUAGUUUUGAAAUUGAGUGUACACCAGGUUUCCUUAGUCGUAACAACUCAAUCAUGAUUAUGACAGCAUGUGGACGAUGGGUUGGUACAACAGGUGUUGAGCCAUUGCCUCAAAGUGGAAUGGCUGUGUUUGAAAUUGGAUUGCCCACAGGAUUUGUUGUUCUAAAUGAUGACCUAAGAAGAUAUGUCAAUAGCCUUAUGGUUCCAAAUCUACGCUAUGCACGUGCGCGUUCUAGAUCUGUACACUUUUUCUUUGAUACAAUUACACCCAAUAAAACAUGCGUACAAUUCACAGCUGAACGUUAUUACCCUGUUGCUAACAUUACUCAACAACAUGUAUGUUCAGCUUAUGAAUACUAUGAGCCAGGUCGUUACAACAAUUCACUCUACAACGUUGUCUCGUUGUAUACUAACAGUAUUUGCAAUGUGUGCGGUAGUUUCGCUUGUCCAUAUUGUCCUGAUUACAAUUUAUCAAGGAAACGUGUUCAAGCAUCAGUAUCUGUUCUUUGUUCAAUAUUAUUCAUGAGAUGGAUAAUUUAUAAAUUAUUCCUUAUUUCCAAUUGUUUUACCUGAUGACACAUUAUGCACAAAAACAAACAACUAAAACUUAGGUGUAUUUCUAAUUGAUAUCAUCGAUCACUUUAUUGAUUAUAUAUAUAUAUAUAUAUAUGGAAAGCGUUUAUCUUUUUGUUUUUAUGUCCAAAACAAUUGUACAUGGAUGCGUAAACCAAUCAUCAUAUUCAAAACGACAGCACUCUUAGUGAUGCACAGCACACCUUUGCAAUUAUACCUAAGGAUGCACAUGUGUACCAUAAACACUCAGAUAUUGAUUACAGGUGUGGUGAAUAUACCCAUUAUUUCCCUUCUUUUUUGUAGAAAACUUAUGAUUCUCUUGUUCUGCUUGCUAUUUUGGAUAUACACUUUUCUAUCUCUCUGAUUGAUUUUCUCUCUUUGUAAUUUGUCGUAUACGUGUGUAAUUUUAGGAUUAUUGUGAUCUUCCUAUUUAUCAUAAACACACCCUGACUUAUUAUUUUCUAACUAUACACAAUAAUUAAUUUAGGAAUAUGUUCUUUUUUUUGUAAACGUGUGAAACUCUGCAUUUUUGUACUGAGAACAUUUAUUUGCUUAUUGUUUUGUAUAAAUAAUGAAAACACGCAUAAUUUAGUC